AUUAGUUGAAUGAUAGCUUAUCGUAAUGGAAUCUAUUAGGGAUCUUUAGAAAAUGGGGUAAAGGAGGGGAUUGGAAUAUUUUGGUGGGCUUAAGGAGCCAUAUAUAUAGGAGAGUGGCACAAGGAUAUGAUUCACGGGGAAGGAAUAAUAAUGAUUAAUGAUAAUGUCAUUAGGGCCUAGUUCAAGAAUAAUAAAUUUCAUGGUUUAUGUGUUAACUAUACGUAUAAAUAUAGAUUUAUGCUUAUUAGUUAGAGUGAAUUCUAUAGAUUUGAAUACGGGUAAUUGAAUGGAAAAUGUUUGAAAGGAUAAACAGUUUCUGUGUAUAGAAGAGGUGAAUUGGUUUGCAUUGAGAGUAACUUGGAUUCGGUCGAUCUCUUAUUAGGUAACGUUUCAUUUAGAUCAAAAGAUGAAUACUAAAACAGGUUGCUUGAUUUGGAGGAGAUUUUGGAUAGAAAUUAAUGUUCUUCAAUAGGUAUAACAGAGACUCAUUUGGGUAAGAUGAAAAGAGGGAAACCAUAUGGAUUGGGAAUAGAAAAAAUGUUUACUUCGGACAAGAGGAUAGGGAUUUUCCAUGAUUAAUAAAUUUCAAAUAUUGGAUAAAUAUGGAAAAAUGGAGACAUUUAUACAGGAAGUUUUGUGGAGAACAAAUUUCAUGGAAUGGGAACCUACUUUAUAUCUGUAACUAUAUGUAACUAUAUUUUAAUCAGAAUGAACUUAAGAUGAUUUAAGGUAUUUUUGACAGAGGGAAAUGUAUAGAGAUUGUAAAAACUUAAUAUGGAGAUUUAGAAGUCUACAAGUUGCUGGCUGAAUAGACUUUUUAGGCUAUAUAAUAAAAUGCUAUUCAAGCCAGAGUAACUCUUCCUUACCUUUAAUUUUGUUAAUUUGAAAUUCUAUUCACUUAAACUCUAAAUAGUAUUUCAUAGAUUCCCACCUAGUCAUUGGAGAAAGAUCAAACACUUUUAGAAGUUGAUUUAGACAUUUAAAAAGAAUUAGAGAAGAUAUCUAAGUAUUAUUAAACUUAAAUUAGUGAUUAAUAAACAAUUGAAGCAAAAAAGGCUCUUUAUGAAAUAGUUAAUAAAAAUUAUACUAAAGAGAAGUGUGUACCAAUUCUAUAACUAGAAUAACUGUAAACAUUUCCCAACAACCCGUCUGAUCCAUAUGUAUAUGAUGAAGAAGAUAUUGAAAACUUACAAACAAGUUAAUAGACGAACAAGAUUUCUGGUCAUUCUUAAAAAACCGAAUUCUACCAUGUCUCUGAUUCCAAAUAGAACUCUGAACAUUAAUGCAAACGAUUACCCCUUUAGGUUUUGAAGGAUCAGGAAACUAAUAAUAGGAACAAUUAAGCACCAAAAUCAGUAAGAAUGUAGCCAAUUAGUGCAAGGUCUGAUCCUUACUCCAUGGUUCUAAGUAGUACUAGAAGAACUCUUUAUAACCAAUGA